AUGUCUUAUUGCGAAACAGAACGUGCAAACCUGACGUCCAGGGCUUGGCUCCGGAUCCAUUUCCCAAUUUGUUUCCCGAGCGAUGAGACUCUAUUCAUGAGAAAGAAUGCGGGAUACGGAGAGCGCCAUAUCCCCCAUAUGUGGGAACCUAAUCAAGCCUAUGUCGACAGGUUCCGGCUCCUGGUCGAACGGAUCGACCAAAUGUGGAUGAUUAGGCUGAUUAAACCGCCUGCGAAGGCCCUGCUGGCCCCGACCACCUUGAUGAUGAUAACCUCCCAAUGGCAUACUCCAGGCCGGUUCCGGCCCGGUUCCGACCUAACGGGUCCAGUUAACGAGAUGGGUAACCGGUCGGUAGGAUUACCGGGCGAACCGUUAUCCGUUAACCGUCCCCAGUAAUCGGUAACCGAUGUCGGUAACCUGGCAUGAGCAAAAAUGCAUUUCUGAUUGCAACCAGUUUCUUUGUGACAAUGCCCAUUGUCACAAGGUUCAUGCCCACGUGUCACACCCCGACAAGCUUGAGGAGGUUAAGGCAAUGUGAAUGCCGGGUGACAGGGGUGACAGUCUUGUGCAGGCACAUUUGGAGACUAGUUUACACUGAGAUUGGGGUGAUGUUGGAUUAAAAUACUUGCAGUUCAUGAAAUUGAGGAAAUGUGUUGCAAAGGCAUAUCCAAACGUUUCAGAAGGGACGUUGUUUCGCCCGUAACAAACUUGUUACGGGCGAAACAAACUGGAUUUCCACAAUCCCACCACUCAAAGAGCUCCCCACACCAUCGCAAAGUCCUUUUUUUAUUACAGACACAUGUAACAAGUUGUCAUAG